AUGGACUCGAAUGAACCUAUAGAUGAUUCUGAAAUGAAUUUAUUUGACGAAGGGGAUAUUGUGAUCAAUUCGGAGCUUGAUGCAGAUUGCUAUUCUAAAAAACCCGCUGGCUAUGAGCUUACAGACACAAAGCGGUUUAAGACCCCAAGCGGAGUUCAAAAAACCGCCACAAUAGAUCGGCAGCAUCUCCAAAUGGGAAAUGAGAUAAUUGUCGACGACUUAAUACAAGACGGAGAAGAUGUUGUUGUUGAAAGUUCGAUGAACUAUGAGCCGUCGACGUCUUCAAUAAAUGAAGAAGAUAGUCGACAACCUCAACCAUUACGCAGGAUGGUUAUUCGUAUAGGAAAAAAGACGCUACGAUUUAAAGUGAUUAAUGCAAACGAAGCACCAGAGAGUCACGAAGUCUAUGAAAGUUCGUGGCUAACUGACCCAGAGCCUGUAACAGAACCAAAAGCACUAGCAGGCCUCUAUCAUUGCGCCAAUUGUAAGACAUAUUUCGGAAAUAAGGAGGUUUGGCAACGACAUAUCACGGAAAUUCACGGCGAUCCACGGCCAUUCAGAUGCUUCAAUUGUGGAAUGCGCUUUUCAAGUAAAAGUUCGAUGACUCUGCAUCUUCGAGAUCACGCUUUGUUGAGUCCCGUAUAUUCAUGCAAGUUUUGCUCGCGUUUGUUCAACAAAAUCGAAAAUAGGAACCUCCAUCAGAAAAUGCACGUUGUAAGGCACACAUGCGCUCAUUGUAAUCGAUUUUUCCGAACCGAACAAUUGCUUAACAAUCACAUCAAACUUCAACAUAAUUUUGAUUCUCAUGGUACAGCUCGCGGUCGAGCAGCGCGAUUUAGAUGCACAUAUUGCAGAAAGACGUUCCAUUUCAAAAGAGAUAUGGUAAUACAUGAGCGAAUCCAUACGGGCGAGCGUCCUUUCACUUGCGGCUACUGCGGAAAAGGGUUUGCACAAUCUCAAUCUCUUAUAAUUCAUACGCGUACUCACACCAAUGAUUUACCAUACAAGUGUGAUAUUUGUGAUAAAAAGUUUAGGGAAAGCUCAUCUUUGCGGAAACAUGAACUUGCUCGCCAUGUUGGCCAACCUGUCACUAGACUGCCGUUCCAAAGCAACAGAAUGCCGGCCGUCAGCAUGAAUCCGCUAGGUAAAACUCUACGUUUCACGAGGAAGCCGGAAAAACCGCUACUCCCGGCAGAUGCUCAACACACUUUAUACCCUUCUAUAUAA